UUUUCUUUUUUUGUUAGGAGCAGAACACUAGCGAUGGCUCCUAAAUCAGCUGAGUUCUGUGGACCGGCGUGUUGCUGGCAGCAGGGCUGACGCUGAGUAGUCGUGUAUGAGACUGAGAGCCAGAGAGAAUAAUAUGUAAAUGUGCGUGUGAUAUGAGUGAAGUCGUUCCCAGGCCGAACGGAACUCAUGAUAAAUGCACUUGUAGUUGCUGUCUGACGCGUGGAGGAGGAAAAACCAGCGAGCAGCCGCGUUCGAGCGCGUGAGGGAAAGAAGGAAGGAAGGAAGGAGCGGGCGCGCGGUGCCUGGACGCCCCCCGCGACGCCAGCGAACAUGGUGCAAAAAUAUCAGUCUCCGGUCCGAGUCUACAAGCAUCCCUUUGAAAUGGUGAUGGCGGCGUACGAGAAGCGCUUCCCCACCUGCCCCCAGAUCCCGGUAUUUGUCGGCAGCGAGGUGCUCAGCGAGGUCACCGGCGAAGAUGGUUCCCUGCACAUCAUCGAACGCAGCUGCAAGCUCAACGUGGAUGCGCCACGGCUCCUGAAGAAGAUCGCUGGUGUGGAGUACGUGUACUUCGUCCAGAAGAACACGCUCAACUGGAAGGACAGGACGCUGCUCAUUGAAGCCCACAACGAGACGUUUGCCAGCAGGGUGACGGUCAUCGAGAGAUGCAGCUACAGCGUUCAUCCCGAGAACGAGGACUGGACCUGCUUUGAGCAGUCAGCAUCCCUGGAUAUCAAAUCCUUCUUUGGGUUCGAGAACACUGUGGAGAAGAUUGCGAUGAAGCAGUACACGGCCAACAUCAAGCGGGGCAAGGAGGUGAUUGAGUACUACUUGAAUGAGCUGAUAGCAGAGGGCAUCACUGAGAUUCCACGCUGGGUCCCACCGGAAAAGAGAGCACUGAGCAAGCCGGCCAUCGUGCCGUGUGCCCUGCCGAUCCGUCCGGCGCCAGUGUCUCGGCUGCCCCUGGAAUCCCUCUCGCACAGCGGUACCAAAGAGGCCAGCUGUAGCUCCAGCAGCACUGCGGAUCCAGCCACUCCAGAUGCCGACAAGUUGGACGCCGACUACAUCGAGCGUUACCUCGGACAGCUGACGCCGAUGCAGGAGAGCUGCCUGAUCCGACUGAGACAGUGGCUCCAGGAGACGCACAAGGGAAAAUCAGAAGCCGGUGAAUGGAAAGCGGAGAAGAUCCCCAAGGACGAGCACAUCUUGCGCUUCCUGCGAGCGCGCGACUUCAACGUGGACAAGGCGCGCGAGAUGCUGUGCCAGUCGCUCACCUGGCGGAAGCAGUACCAGGUGGACUACAUCCUGGAGACAUGGAGGCCGCCCGCCUUCCUGCAGGAGUACUAUGCCGGCGGCUGGCACUUCCACGACAGCGAGGGGCGACCGCUGUACAUACUGCGCCUGGGCCAGAUGGACACCAAGGGGCUGGUGAAGGCCCUGGGAGAGGAGGCUCUUCUCAGACAUGUUUUAUCGAUCAAUGAGGAAGGGCAGAAGAGAUGUGAGGAAAACACUAAGAUAUUUGGAAGACCCAUCACGUCGUGGACUUGCCUGGUGGACCUGGAGGGUCUGAACAUGAGGCACUUGUGGAGGCCAGGGGUGAAAGCCCUCCUGCGGAUCAUCGAGGUGGUGGAGGCCAACUACCCAGAGACCCUGGGCCGGCUUCUGAUAGUGCGUGCCCCCCGCGUCUUCCCUGUGCUCUGGACUCUGGUCAGUCCAUUUAUUAAUGACAACACCCGGCAAAAAUUCUUGGUGUACAGCGGGAACAAUUAUCAGGGAGUAGGAGGAUUGGUAGAUUACAUAGAUAAAGAGAUUAUCCCUGACUUUCUCGGGGGAGGUUGCAUGUGUACUGUCCCAGAGGGUGGCCUGGUACCAAAAUCCUUAUAUCAAACUGAAGAAGCACUGGAAAACUCAGACCACAUUAAGCUCUGGACAGAGACAAUCUACCAGUCCGCUCAUGUUUUCAAGGGAGCGCCUCAUGAGAUUGUCAUCGAGAUCCUGGAGGGCUCUUCAGUCAUCACUUGGGACUUUGACAUCUUGAAGGGGGACCUGGUCUUCAAUAUCUUCCACUCCAAAAGAUCACCUCAGAACAGCAAGAAAGACCCCUCUGCGUCCACACCCGGCGUCAAUAAUGUGCAAUUGAUAGAGAAGAGCUGGGUCCUGGGUGUGGACUACAGCAUGGUGGAGUCGCCGCUCAUGUGCAGAGAGGGCGAGAGCAUCCAGGGCAGCCACAUUACCCGCUGGCCAGGCCUGUACAUCCUCCAGUGGAAGGUGAACGGGCCCGCCCCAGUCUCUGGUCCUGCCCUCCCCCGCGUGGAUGACGUGCUCGCCUCCCUGCAGGUGUCCUCCCACAAGUGCAAGGUCAUGUACUACACCGAGGUGCUGGCCUCUGAGGACUUCAGGGGAUCCAUGACCAGCCUGGAGUCGUGUCACAGCGGCUUCUCCCAGCUGAGUGGCGGGACCACGUCCUCCAGCCAGUCCCAGAGCAGCUCCCUCGUCUCCAGGUAGUCCACAGAAAUGGAGGCCGCUGCAGCAUGAGCCAUACGUACACAGACGCACACGGAAGUCUACGCCACACUUUUGAGAUGUACAUAGUUUCUGCACAAACACACAUUUUAAGGGCUAUAUAACCCCGAGAACAAACAAGAGUGUCACUUUACAGAAACAGUCCAGGGACAGCAGAUGUGCAUUUCAGCUACUGUUUUUCUUAAACUCUUAAGAUUAAUGAUUACAUACACAUAUCUGACCUCCAGAGAAGCAGGAGAGAUACCCAUGUCUUGAAUAUAACCUUAGAUUCUUACUGGCAGCGAUUGCUGCGUAUUUUUGGUUGUAUAAUAACAGAUAGGGCUAGUGGUGUUUUAAUACCUAUGCUGAGCAACUCAGUGUUCAUACACACAUAACAUGGCAAUAUGCCGAAGAGGGGUAGUGUAUCGAGGGCCAGUCCCUACAGCAAGGCCUUUUAAGAGCAGUGGACAAUAGCCAUUUCCAUGUGUAAUUUCACUGAAAACAAAACAGAAGCACAUUGUCAUAUUCUGUCAUGUUUCAGUAGCAUGUACAGAAACAGAAAAAUGCUGAAAGAGAAAAACAGUGCAUUGAAGACUUAAUUUUGCAAAAGCACUUUGCAUGGAAUAACUGAAAGAGUUCAAGGGGUUCACUUCAAGACCUAAAGCGCUCUUGCAAAUGAGCACACAGCAGUUUCUCCCAUCAGUGUAUGUGACAGAGGGGCAGGACCAAAGGGCUCUGCAGUAAAAGUAAAAUACUGAGGCUGUCAGCGUCAGUAGGUAUUCUCACAUUUUUCUGAGUCUGAAAAGAGAGGGCGCCACUACAUCACACUACCGGACUGAGACGAGUUCCACUUUGUCACAUUGAUGAAACUACCUCCAAAACAGCUGCAAAAUUAGAUGCAAACAAUAUUAAUAUUGUCAGUGUUUAGUAACAGAGUUGAUGGGCUGCAUAUGUUUGUGUACACUGAAUGCUUUUGUGAUUUAAAGCCAUAUUCACUCUAAGUAGUGGUGUUUUGGAAAAUGGAAUGUAAAAGAAAGAAUGAAAGGGGUAGUAAAGGGCUUUUUAUAUAAGCAAUAUUGACAAAGCACAGCUGAUGCACUAAUGUAAAGUUGAGAACUUGAGCCAGGAGCUGUUUUUUUUUUUUUUUUAAACUGCCUUAAGUGGAAGAAAAAUGUUAGAAUAAAGGUUAAAAGAAAAACCAACUUGGAAUGAAUGCCAUAAUAAAUUGUACAUAUUAAAUUAUCCUCACACACAAAGAAGCACAUUAAGGCUCCUUCGACAGGUUGGAAAAAAACUCCCCCCCCCCCCC